AUGUUACUUCUUUUACUUGCAACACUUUCAACAGCCCAUUUCUUUGGAGACGCGCCAAUCUUCAUGCCAACGAAAAAGGAUCUCCCCGCAUUGGAGUCUUCGACUUCAGCAACUAUUUUAAUGUUAUACGCCCCAUGGUGUGGUCACUGCAAACACCUAGCGCCCGAAUUUGCCGCUGCAGCCAAAGAAGUGAAUGGGAAGGCCAUAUUUGCAGCUGUAGACUGUGAAGUAGAGAAAGAGAUAUGUGGGCAAUUUGGGGUCCAAGGGUUCCCCACCGUCAAAUUGUUUUCUGCACAGAAAACACAUAGCAAACGAACACCAAAGGAUUAUAAUGGGCCAAGAGAGGCUAAAGCUAUUAUAGGGACUAUGUAUGAUAUGAUACCCGAUUGGGUCAAUAAACUCCCCGAGAAGUUUGAGACGGAGAACAACGUCAUUUUGUUCUCGGACAAACCAAAGAGAACGUUGAUGUUGAAAUCCCUCGCAAUGCACUUUGCGGGAGUCUUGAACUUUUACGACGCACAAAAAGAGAACGAAGAGGCCGUUAAGAGAUUUGGAGUGACGGAGUACCCAUCCCUCUUUGUAGAGGUCAAAGGCGAAAUUAAGAAGUAUGAAGGAAAGCUCGAAAUGAACGCAAUCAUGGCGUUCUUGUCACAAUACACUGAUCAGAAGUUUGAGGCACCAACAGAAGAGGAAGCGCCAAAUAAAGAGGAAAAGGCCCCUGAAGUGCCAUUCAUUAAUUUGCACGUGGAAGACAAUGAAAUGUUUAAUAAACACUGUGGAGGAAAGGCAUGCAUGUUACUCAUCUUUGGCGACGAGGUCGAUAGCGAAAUGGCUGAUACAGUUGCAGAGAAUUUGAAAGACAAGAUGCACGUCACUUCAUUCCACUGCGCGGAACAAAGCGAAGUGUGCAAGAAGUUGAACGUCUUCUUCGAUACUCCAACUGCUAUUAUCUACGUCCCUCAGAGAAGUAGAAUCGUUCGAUUCGUCGGUGGAUUCGAUGUCGAAGACGUCACGAAAUUUGGAAAGGAGGCUUUACUUGGGAAAUCUGGAAGAAUUGAAAUGUUGAAAGAAUUCCCAGCUUUCAUGGAUAGAGUCAAGGAACCUUAUGUGAAACCAGUCAUCAAAGAGGAGCUCUAA